AUGCGUGUCGCUAGCAUAGUUAUUUUGGCUGUCUUCCAUAACCGGAUUAGAACAUCGCAUGCACUCACAGAUGCUGGACAUUUGGGAGUAGACACUCACGAUACUGAUUACGAAGACUCUUUCAAGAGCGAUUAUCUUGGAGGCCUUGAGACUCGCGAUCUUUACGAGGGCAAUUCUAUCGACGAUGUAGAUCAUGGGGAAUAUCACGGGGGUCUUGAAGCUCGUGACAUUGCCGAGGACUACUACAAGGACGAGUUUACUGGAAGGCUUCAAGUACGCGACAUUCCCGAGGACGAAAAUACUGGAGCUCCUGAAGCUCACAAUCCUGGGUACGAGGCUUAUGACCAGGACGAAUUCACUGGAGGCCUUAGAGAUGAUGAUAUCCCCGAGGACUACCUCGAUGACGAAUCCUCUAGGGGUCUUGAAACCCGCGACAUUCCCGAGAACGAAUCUACUGGAUCUCUUGGAGCCCAUGAUUCUGAGUAUGAGGACUAUGACAAGAACGAAUUCACUGAAGGGUUUGAAGAUGACGAUAUCCCGGAGAACGACUACGAGGAUGAAUCUGCCGGGGGUCUUCAAGCUCGCGAUACUGCUGGGAACGACGAAUACUCUAACGAUGAGUAUGACGACAACUUGCUACAGAACGAGACCGACCCAGAUCAGGAUGAUUAUGACGAUUCUUAUCCAACUGAACUCGACGAAACGCUUGAUAAAACGUUGUUGAGAAAGAGGCGAAUGAUGUCCGGCGAUUCUUAUGCAAAUGAAUUCGACGAAACGCCUGAUAAAACGUUGUUGAGAAAGAGACGAAUGAUGUCCGGCGGUUCUUAUCCAAAUGAACUCGACGACAUGCCUGAUGAAACGUUGUUAAGAAAGAGGCGAAUGAUGUUCAGCGAUUUGGAUCCAAAUGAACUCGACGACAUGCCUGGUAAAACAUUGUUGAGAAAGAGACGAAUGAUGUCCGGCGUCCAAAGCCCGCCGCAGUAA